CACAUAAAGAAGUUGGACCGCCUUCCGGAACUAAUGUUUCUUUUGUCGAUCGUGUUGUAAGUUUCCUCCAACUGCUUGUUUUUAAAAUUCUCCUUGUAUUAUAGAAGCCGAUUGCUUUAACGUGGUAUAUUUAUAUUUAAUACCACAAACCCACGUGGUCGUUGCAGCUGUCAUCUCCUGCGGACCGUAGCUUUUUGAGGUAAAUCACAGCUAGCUUCUCCUCUGAAUGGAAACCGUUUAAAACGCCUCAAAAGGCAUGUUUGUUGUUUUACAGAAAUCAGUUAGGCAUUUCGUAAGGAGUCGGAACGUUUUAAUGUAUGGCACAACUAUGCUUCUAAAAGAGGAGGCAGUAGCGACUUUAAAGCGGUUUGACAUCGGGGAGAAGUUCUCCUACCUACCCGCCCUGCCCAAAGCCUCGGUGCUGAUCCCCCUGUUUGUGAGGGCUGGACGGCUGCACACCUUGCUCACUCUGCGCUCCCAGGAGCUGAGGACCAGUGCUGGGGAGGUGUGCUUCCCUGGUGGAAAGAAAGACCCCAGUGACCAGGAUGACGUGGAGACAGCCCUGAGAGAGGCACAGGAGGAGAUAGGACUACCGCCUGAUCACGUGGAGGUGGUCUGCACGUUGUUUCCAGUAAUCAGCAAGCAGAGAGGCCUACUGGUGAGCCCUGUCGUCGGGUUUAUAGAGGAGACAUUUAAUCCAACCCCAAACCCGUCAGAGGUCAGCGCUGUGUUUGCCGUGCCCCUGGACUUCUUCAUCAGAGAGAAGGACCACUACGCCACCAGCGGUGUCGCUGGGGUGAUCGGAACGCUGCACUCGUUUUAUUUUAGAGAUCCCGCUUCAGGAACCCAGUAUCACAUAUGGGGGCUGACGGCCAUGCUGGCAACACUGGUUGCUGCUCUUGCUCUGAAGAAAAAACCCGAGUUUGACGUUGGGUUCGAUUUUGUGGAUCCUUUGACCUUCUUCAAGAAGCUUCUGCAUAAAAAACUGAGUAAACUGUGAACCGCGUGUGACGUACCUGUGACCCUUGUAGCCUUGGAAUGCAAUGUGAAACUCAAUUUUUAAACAAUAUUUGUUCAACAAAAUGAAUGUAAAAGUGAUUGUUCACUUCUGUUUUCACAAGUAAACAAACAAAUUCUUCCAAAAUUCAAA